UGUUUCCUUCUCUCUCUCCCUCUCCCUCUUCAGCUUUCAGAGGCAGCUUCUCGCGGAUUUAACGUCAUUGUUUUAAUCUCUCUUUCGCUCCAUCCCUUAAUCUCCUCUACCUCUUCGUUUUGGCACAUUCGCACUCUCUCUCUUUCAACCUUGCACUACUCGGAUUGUACUUCACCCUCUCUCUCACUCUCCCUUUCUCUCUCGUUCUUCAUCUCUAUCUGCGCAUUCUUUUGCUAGAACCUACUGCAGGAGCCUCAUCUUCGCCAUUUAGAUAAGAAAUGGCUCUGAACGUCCAACUACCUUCACAUAAAUCGACAACCAAGAUCAGCCCUCCUGCGUUGUCUCUAACCUUAGUGCUGAUCCUCUUCCUUUCUCUCCUUGGCUACUACACCCUUCACAAGACACAGACAACAAUGGCUGCUCACCACUUCCACAGGACCUUCAUCGAGGCCUCGAACAACGACACCAUCUCUUCUUACCUACGGUCUCUCACCCUACACCCACACGUCGCGGGCACCCCAAACGCCCUCAGAACUCGACAGUACGUCCUAGAGCAACUCACUCAGUUAGGUUUCGACACCCAUGUGGUGAAGUAUCAACCUUUGCUAUCUUACCCUUCUUAUAGAUCUCUCAGCGUCCAGUUCCCCGAUGGGACCUGCCAAUCUCUCCCUCUAGAUGAAUUUCGAUCAGGAGAGGUGAUAGAACCAUACCAUGCUUACUCUCCUUCCGGGAAUGCAGCGGGGAAGGUGGUCUAUGUCAAUUACGGAAGGAGGGAGGACUACUCGAAGUUGAGGGAAAUGGGCGUGAACGUUAGCGGCUGCGUGGUUAUUGCUAGAAAUGGGGGCCUCUUCAGAGGGAAGGUGGUGGAGAUAGCAGCCGGGGAGGGUGCCGCAGGGGUGCUUCUGUACACGGGGAGGGAACGGUAUGGCAUGAAAAACAAGAGCAUGGAGGACGAUGGGAGUGUUGGAAGGUUCUUUCCCAUGGAUGGUAUUGAGAGGGGAACAGUGAUGAGAGGGUUGGGGGACCCCCUGACGCCUGGUUGGGGUGGGGUUGAGGGCGGCGAGAGGCUGGGGUUGAGGGACAAAGAGGUGAUGGAGAGGUUUCCCAAGAUACCCUCCUUGCCUAUCUCCUUUGACAACGCCAGGACCAUCCUGAAGGCUCUAGAGGGGCCAGAGGUGCCGUUCGAGUGGAGGGAUGGUGCCCUGGAAAUGGGUGUUCUCAAGGUUGGGAGUGGGCCAGUUGCUGUGAACCUAACUUACUCGGAGAAUCGGACAAUUGCAGAGAUUGGAAAUGUUUUUGCAGUCAUACAGGGGUCUAUGGAACCGGAUCGCUAUGUUCUCCUUGGCAAUCAUAGGGAUGCAUGGACAUAUGGUGCUGUUGAUCCUAAUAGUGGAACUGCGGCCCUCCUGGACAUUGCCCGUAGGUUCAAAAUUCUCCUGAACCAUGGCUGGAAACCUAGAAGGACAAUUAUCCUCUGUAGCUGGGAUGCAGAAGAAUUUGGAAUGAUUGGAUCAACAGAGUGGGUGGAACAAAACCUUCAUAUCCUUGAGUCAAAGGCUGUGGCAUAUCUUAAUGUAGACUGUGCUGUUCAAGGACCUGAUUUCUUUGCUGGUGCAACUCCCCAGUUGGACAAUCUCAUUGUUGAAAUCACAAAGCAGGUUAGUGACCCAGAUUCAGACUAUGAGACCGUUUAUCAAUCGUGGAAUGCAUCGGAUGGUGGUUUCAAGAUUAGACGGCUAAGUGGAGUUGCUUCAGAUUUUGCUGCAUUUCUGCAGCAUGGCGGCAUUCCUUCUGUAGAUCUAUAUUUCGGGAAAGAUUAUCCUGUAUAUCAUACUGCAUAUGAUUCAUAUGAAUGGAUCAAAAAGUUUGGUGACCCAGUAUUCCUUCGGCAUGUAGCAGUGUCUGGAAUUUGGGGGCUUUUAGCCCUUCGUCUUGCAGAUGAUCCUGUCCUUCCUUUCGAUUAUCUCUCCUAUGCAUCUCAGCUAGAGAAACACACAAAGGCGUUGGAGGAAAUUGUGGCUAGGAAUGUGUCUCUUGAGCCGAUAACGGGUGCAGUCAAGGAACUUUCUGCGGCUGCAAGCAUAGCUUCAGUGGAAGCGAAAGAACUGCUCAUGUUGCCUGUUAAUGUUGCAUGCGAUCUGCAGAGGCGCUCGAUCAAUGAUCGCCUCAUGCUUACAGAGAGAGGUUUCUUGGAUGACGAAGGACUCAGAGGAAGAAAAUGGUUCAAACAUCUGAUAUAUGGUCCUUCAAGGGAUGGAGAAAGCAAGCUUGAUUUCUUUCCGGGAAUAGUGGAUGCAGUUGCUGAAUCUCGAAUGAUGUCUAAGGAAGGAGGACAAAAAUUGGUGCAGCAUGAAGUGUGGAGGGUAAGUAGAGCCAUUCUGAGAGCUGCUCAUGUCCUGAGAGGAGAUCUCACAUAGGAUCAAUUAGGUCUCACCCUAAAGAGCUUGAUACAUGCAUGCACGUGAGCUUGUGCAUGCUCUUGCCUGGAUUGGCAGUUUUUGUGAACGAGCGUUAUGUAAAUAUGCUAGCUCUUUCUGUAAAGGUUAUGUUAUACUACAUAUUGAGAGAAAAAAAUAAAAUGUGUCCCCGUA